AUGCUUCAUCUCAUUUUUGAGCAUUCUUUUGCCGAGCUCGUGGCACUGAUCCUUCUCCCCGGCCUCACGCUCUAUUUUCUCAAUAAGAAGAGAGCUAGUGCGCGUGGAAAUGCAGAAGAUGUUGAUACUGGUGCAUCUGGUUCGAUGGCUGCACCAAUGGAAACUAAUUCCGAUGGAUCCAGUCCGUCUCCGACAAAAGCUAACAACGGUGCAUCUAGUUCGAUGGCUGCACCAACAGAAACUAAUUCCGAUGGAUCCAGCCCGUCUCUGACAAAAGCUAACAACGGUGCAUCUAGUUCGAUGGCUGCACCAACAAAAACCAAUUCCGAUGGAUCCAGUCUGUCCCCGACGAAAGCUAACAACGGUGCAUCUAGUUCGAUGGCUACACCAACGGAAACCAAUUCCGAUGGAUCCAAUCCAUCCCCGACAAAAGCUCACAAUGGUGCAUCUAGUUCAAUGGCUGCACCAACGGAAACUAAUUCCGAUGGAUCCAGUCCAUCUCCGACAAAAGCUAACAACGGUGCAUCUAGUUCGAUGGCUGCACCAACGGAAACUAAUUCCGAUGGAUCCAGUCCGUCCCCGACAAAAGCUAACAACGGUGCAACUAGUUUGAUGACUGGAAACUGCUAUGAGGUAUUCUUGAGUUUUAGAGGCUCAGAUACUCGACAUGGCUUCACUGAUCACCUCUAUAAAGGGCUCGUUGAUGCCGGAAUUGACACUUUCAGAGACGAUGAUGAGCUCUGCCAUGGCGAGGACAUCAAACUAGUGCUUGAGAAAGCCAUCACGAGCAGUAAGAUUCUGAUCCCCAUUUUCUCAGUGAAUUAUGGUACAAGUAGUUGGUGCCUGAAUGAACUUGUUAAAAUGAUGGAGCCCAAGAAAAAUAAUGGGCAGAUAGUGUUGCCUAUAUUCUAUAAAGUGAAACCAGCUGACGUGAGACAUCAAAUCGGGAGUUUUGGAGAGGCAUUUCAUAGGCGCGUGAAGCGUUUGCUUGGGAGGUCUUCUUUGGACGCAGUGACCUUGGAGGAAUGGAAGUCAGCACUUGGUAAAGUCAGCACCUUGAAAGGAUACGAAGCCCUAGGUUCUGAAGUAGAGUUGGUGAAAUCAAUCAUCCGGAAAGUGUUGAAUGAACUGAAGAAAAAGUUUAAGUUGGACAUUUCUAAGAAUUUGGUUGGAAUUGAUGUUCAUGAGAAGAAGGUUAUGGAAUUUGUGGAUAAUAAAUCUCAUGACACACUAUUUGUUGGCAUCCACGGAAUGGGAGGCAUUGGUAAGACUACGCUUGCUAAAGCCAUCUACAAUAGGCUCUUCGAUCAAUUUGAGCAUCGUAGCUUCAUUGCUGAUAUAAGGGAAUCGUGGAAGCGUAAUGGCGUACAUUAUUUACAGAAUCAGUUAAUCUACGAUAUAUUGAAGCUGAAAGAUGAAUUGAAGAGUUUGGCUGGUAAUCAUGAUUGGUUUUCUUCGGGAAGCAAGAUCAUUAUUACCACCAGAGACAAGAGGGUUCUUGAAGAAGCUGGGGUGGACCACGACUAUGAACAUAAGGAAAUGGAUGAAAAUCAAUCUUUGAUUCUGUUUAGCAAACAUGCAUUUCGAAGGGACUCUCCUCCGAGGGAAUUUGAGGACCUCACUCAUGAAGUUGUAUCCAUCACCGGAGGGCUUCCCUUAUCCCUUGAGGUUUUUGGUUCAUUAUUGUGCGGGAAAAAGAAAGCGUUCUGGGAAGGUACAAUAGGCAAGUUAAGAAAAGUGCCUCCUAAGAAAGUGCAAGAGAAGUUAAAGAUAAGUAUUGAAGCAUUAGACGAUAACCAAAAACAAAUAUUUUUGGAUAUUGCUUGUUUUUUCAUCGACUAUGACAAAGAUAUCACAUCCUACAUGUGGGAUGCAUGUGGCUUUUUCCCAAAGGAGGGAAUUGAAGUAUUAAUAUUCAUGUCAUUGAUAAAAGUUGGAAAUGAUAAUGAGCUGAAAAUGCAUGACCAAUUGAGAGAUCUUGGUAGGGAUAUAGUUUGUGAGGAAAACCGACAAAAGCCUUGGUGCCGUGGGAGGUUAUGGGAGCAUAAGGAAGCCCGAAAAAUGCUAGAGGAAAAUAAGGGAACGGACAACAUUGAAGCGAUUAAUCUGAGUGACAGAAGCUCAGAAUACCUCAAUGAGAUAUGUGGGCUAGAUGGAGAUGACCAAGAUGGCGGCACUUAUGAAGGAAAACAAUUCGAGAAUCUGAGGAAUUUAAGAUUUCUUGACAUGACAAAGACACAUCUCAUUGGGGAUUUUAAGAACUCAAUGACGAGGUUAAAAUGGCUUGACUGGAAAAAAUGUCCAGCAAGUUUUGAAGCUAAAAAUUUUCACGUAGUGGAAUUAGUUACACUCGGAUUGGAUGAAAGCGAGAUAAAUGAGAAAUGGAAAGGAUGGAGUUUUUUCAAGAUGGCAGAGGGGCUCAAAUAUCUGAACCUUUAUAGUUGUACAUUGUUGGAAGAUACGGACUUCCUCUCAGCUUUUAAGAAGUUAGAGGUUCUCAUCCUCAAUGGGUGUAAGGGAUUGAAGCGAAUUGAUGCUUCAAUUGGAGACAUGGAGGCCCUCAUUCGCUUGGAGCUGUACGAUUGUGAGAGCCUCACGGAGCUUCCGGCAGAAAUAGGUAAUUUAAAAGCACCGCAGCAACUCGGUCUAAUAGCGACUUCAUCACUUUCUGCAUUACCAGAUAGGAUAGAUCGGUUGGAGAAUCUAGAGAUUCUAGAGAUAUCUUACAGUGGUAUAGAAGAAUUACCCAACGGUGAAGAUCAUGGAGUGGAAACUGGAGUGUUUGCUAACGAUGGUCACAGGGAACUCGAAGGUGGUGCUUCGCCGCUUCUAUUGGCAGAGGUUGUGGACAGUCUCCUUGUAAUUGCUUCAAAGCGAGAAGGUCAGGUCAGCAAGAUGUCUUACAUGCAUUAUUGUGCCAGAAAAUUACUGCAAUUUGGAGGAUUUGGGGACAGUGAAUAUUUGUGA